AAAUUUUGGCAUGCAUACAUGAGCUGCAAAAAGCUGUCAUGUAUAUGACAUUUACAUUAAAAAUGAAAUGACUAUUUUAUCUACGAGUUGUCUUUAGACUCAACAAGGGAUCACCAGUCACAUCAAGAUACUGUUCAAUAGCAUCUACGUUCUAAACCGUACGAUCAUCAAACGCUGAGUUAACUUGAUAUCGUUACCGUUGAUCUGAUUUCAUGACGUCAAGAAUAAUAUACUGAUUAUGGAUCCCAUACCGUUGGAUCAUCCCUAAAAAUUCCCACCGCUGGGUCCCACGAGGCACCCUGAUUUUUGACACCGUUGGAUUCUGUGAUGAGAAAGAGCUGAAAGUUGCAGAUAUUCCGACAACAGUAACGGGCCAGCAAAUCUUCCGUUUGUUGGGGCCUCGAAAAGUCCACGUGUCAUCCCGACAAGCAGGUGUCGGGGAGAGAGAGAGGGAGAGACGAUUUGUUUUUUACUCAGGUCUUGUUUGGCUGAUUCGUCCCUCUAGGUGCCAAACAUGUCAUAACCUGAGUCAGCUUGCUUCGUUGUCACAAUCACCAAAAUUCACACAAAACCACAGCAAGAGGGAGGAGGGAGAGGGGGAGGGAGAAAGUGGCUAUGGAGAAUAAUCACAAUAAGGAGGAGGACAAGAAAAGCGAGGACGAAGACGAGGUGGAGCCGAUGACCGGAGAGGAGGAAGGGGAGGUCGGGUCAAGCUUGACGCUGGAGAAGGUGGCUGCUGCUAAGCUUUUCAUUGAGAACCAUUACAAGGCUCAGAUGAAGCACAUCCAACAACGCAAAGAAAGGCGCUCAGUGCUAGAAAAACAGUUGGCAUCUUCUGAUGCAUCUCAAGAAGAACAAUUCAAUCUUCUAAAGGAUUUAGAGCGCAAGGAGACAGAAUAUAUGCGACUGAAAAGGCAUAAAAUUUGUGUUGAUGAUUUUGACCUUUUGACCAUCAUAGGAAGAGGAGCUUUUGGAGAGGUAAGGUUGUGUCGGGAGAAGAAGUCUGGUAACAUCUAUGCAAUGAAAAAAUUGAAGAAGUCAGAAAUGCUUAGCAGGGGACAGGUUGAGCAUGUUAAGGCUGAAAGGAAUUUGCUAGCUGAAGUUGCCAGUCACUGCAUUGUCAAACUCUAUUACUCCUUUCAAGAUGCUGAUUACUUAUAUCUGAUCAUGGAAUAUCUGCCUGGUGGUGACAUUAUGACUUUGUUAAUCAGAGAAGAGACUUUGACAGAAACUGUGGCUAGAUUUUAUAUUGCUCAAAGUGUUAUGGCCAUAGAAUCUAUUCAUAAACACAACUACAUUCACAGAGACAUAAAACCUGAUAACUUGUUGCUGGACAAAAAAGGGCAUAUGAAGCUUUCUGAUUUUGGUCUUUGCAAGCCUCUCGAUUGUUCGCAUUUGUGUGUCAUAAAUGAAAAUGAAGCACUUGAUGAUGGGAAUUUGAAGAAAUCAAUGGAUGCUGAUGGACAAUUGCCAGAAACUGGUGGAAGGCGCUGGAAAAGUCCACUAGAACAACUACAGCAUUGGCAGAUAAACAGAAGAAAAUUAGCAUAUUCCACAGUUGGUACACCAGAUUAUAUUGCUCCAGAAGUAUUGCUGAAGAAAGGAUAUGGCAUGGAUUGUGAUUGGUGGUCACUAGGUGCAAUAAUGUAUGAGAUGCUUGUUGGUUAUCCUCCAUUUUACUCUGAUGAUCCAGUAACUACAUGCAGAAAGAUUGUGCAUUGGAAAAAUCACUUGAAAUUUCCAGAGGAGGCAAGACUGACACCUGAAGCAAAGGAUCUGAUCUGUGGGUUGCUUUGUGAUGUUGAACAUAGGCUUGGUACUCUUGGGGCAGACCAAAUUAAAGCUCAUCCCUGGCUCAAAGGUGUUGCAUGGGACAAACUUUAUGAGAUGGAUGCAGCAUUUAAACCAGAAGUCAAUGGUGAACUUGAUACUCAAAACUUCAUGAAAUUUGAUGAGGAGGAACCUCCAUCAACAAGAAGAGGAUCAGGACCUUCAAGGAAGCUGAUAUCUCCAGAUCUAAGUUUUGUUGGUUACACAUACAAGAACUUCGAUGCAAUCAAAGGGUCAUAUCGUUCUUUUGCUCUUGCAGAAUUAAAGAGAAGUUCAUCACGGUCAUCGACCGACUCUUUUCACAGUGAUUCUGCAGUGGACUAUUCUAAAGACUUGCCUGAUGACUCAGAAAUUCAGAAGCUUGCUUCUAGAAGAAAUUCAGUGUCACCAUGAAGAAUCACCAAAUUCUCAGAGGAUGAAAUGUAUGGCAUAAUCAUAACAGAUGGAGUCCUCCUCUUGCAAAGGUGGAGAGGGUCUACCUGCUUAUUUUUUGGUCAGGUUUAGCCCUAAUCUGCAUCUUUAUGAGGCUUGCUACAUAUUUUGUAGAAUUUUAUAUGUGUUCAGUGCUAUUGAGGAAACCUCUGGGAACUGGGCAGCAUGCUGCUAGCCAUUCUGUAUCUAUGUAAAAAAAUUGCCAAAUCCAUAAGGUCCCUGACUGGGCAGGUUGGCAGAACAAAUCCUCUUUUGGCAGUAUAGGCCCUUUCUCUUUUCCCUUUAUCCCCCCUCUUUGGAUAGUAUAGGAAGCUGGAAAAUCCCCAGCAGCUGUGAUCCAAAUGCCACUGGUGAGCAACUGUUGCUGUGUUGGAACUCUGAUCCAUGAGUUUUGUGAUUGAAACAGGAAGUCUAGUUUUGUUACUCUUUUUCUUAAUUGUUUUUUUCUCUAGGAAUAAAAGAACAAAAAAUUUUAGGAAUAA